CUCACGGUUGUGAUGAUGCUGCUGGGCUGGUGAAGCUGUGUGGUAGCCAGCCAGCUAGCUAGUCACUUUAACUUCAUAUUUAUGGUCCUGUUUGUGGUGUUGGGAGCGACGUUAGACUGCUGACGAGCCCACGGUGCAGCAGUAGUUGGUGUUAAAACAGGACGAGCGGCUGGACCUAUAGAGAAGCAGUGGGCAGUGAAGCUAACUAGCAACGGUUAUCUCUCUCAUUACAGUAUUUUUAACCGUCAACGCCAACCUUUUCUGGCGUCAUGUUUGGUCUGAUACACGGUGUAGAUGGUUUAUUUUUCUGUGGUUUAACUUUGUCACUCGGGGCAGUAAUAACAGACUGUAGGAGCCUCCACAGAAUGACUCACACUCAGUGAGCUAGCUGGGUUAGCCUGCCGUUAGCGGCUAAUCGAGCCGCUAGCUGCAGCGUCGGUCCACGCCGCCGCUGAGGUGAUGUCUGUCCGAUGGAGCUGAAGUGUUGCUCGGCUUGCCAAAGAUGACGGAGCCGGUUUGUGUGCCUCUGCCAGCAGGAGGCGGACCAUGGAGGCCGAGGAAGAGUGGAACAAAGACCCGAGUGCACACAGACUACUGGAUAAAAAGGUGCCCUGUAAGCGCAAUGGAAGGAUUGGUAUAGUGAGAACUCUCCACAGCCUGUUGAAAACCCACAACACUCUGCAGAUUCAGUCCAUCACCCGAUCAGAAUGUGCUGGCUCUUGUCCAAAUCUCAUGAUGAGUAGAAGCGAGCAUCCAGAUGCGAGGCCCGUCCCUGUGGCCCUCACUCCCCAGCUCCCCCCCAGAGCUCACCGGCCCCUCUGCAUGUCGAUCUCCUCUGACAGCAGCGGACGCUUCAAGGCUCUGGAGACGCAGGAAUGGAAGAACAAUCUCAAAGCUCAGAUGGAGCAGGCCCACAGUGCAGGAGCCGCCAGCAGCACCGGUUCUCUGGAGCGAGCGUCUCUGUUCUGCGCUUCAGCAUCCACCACGGCGUCCAGCUCCGGCCUGUCCAGCCCGGUGGAGAUCCUCAACAAAAGCAAAUCCUCCAGCCGCUUCUCUCUCUUCUCUCCGCCCUGGAACAGCAGCUCCGAGUCCGACUCCAACCCCCCGUCUCGCUCGGGCUCAAAGAAGCUGCGGAACUACAGCCGGAGAGCUGCCACGGGGCCAGCUGGUGCCAGGGGCCCCGACACACCUGAGCCCAAACCCAGCGGCCCCGAACACUUCCAGUACUCUGAGCCCGUCAUCUCCAAGGUGACGGACUACAUCUAUGUGGGUAACCUGAACGCAGCGUACAACGGGCGCACGCUGUGCCGCAACAACAUCGACAGCAUCAUCGACAUGAGCAACGUGCUAGGGGAGCCGGGCCCCAGCCUCAGCCUCAUCCCGUGCACCUGCUCUCGGGGGGCCCGCCACAGCUGGUCCCGCCUCAAGGUGGACAUUGGAGACGUCCCGGACGCUCUGGGGGAGGGACCGGCUCUGAAGCAGCGCUGCUUCGAGGACAUCAACGAGUGCAUCGACGCCUCCACAGGAAAGAGGAAGCGCGUCCUGGUCCACUGUCGUGACGGCUUCUCUCUGGCGCCAACGUGCAUCAUCCAGUACCUGAUGGUGAAACAAAACAUGAGGCUCAUCGCCGCCUACGAGCUGCUGAGGGCCAAAUACCCGGUCAACAUCAGGGAGUGCCACCAGAACGUGCUGGUGAGCCUGGAGAGGGCACUACGGCCUGGAGGGAACGUCGACCCUGAGUGCUUCAAACAGGCCAUCUCACGCAAAGUGGCGUGGACCUGACUUGACCUCCCAUCAGGCUCUGCUGCUCUUUCCCUCUCCUGUCGUGUAGAAUAUUCCCCUAAAGGGCAGCUGUACUCUCCUGUGGACUCACCUGGAUAUUCUUACCUUCAGUUCAGUGGUUGUGAAGAUUUUAGAUUUGAUGUUUUUCCUCUUCAGACCUGUAAAUGUGACCUGGCUGUAACGCCCCCUUAUCAAACAGGAGACGCAAUAGACCUUACUGUAGUGUAAACAGCUUCUCGGUAUAACGGUGUUGUAGUGUCGGCUGUAUAGUUGAUAUAUCCUGCUUCAGUUCUGUGCCAUGCCGUCGUGGUGUUGGUGUUUUUUUUAUCAGGGGAAUUUCUUAACGGGAGAUCUCAGGAGAUUAUUGAUGUCAGUCCAACACACGGUGGGAAAUUACUCAUUAGAUCAGUUUGUGCUCAGUUCUUACUGGAUCUAAAAUGCAUCUUUAUCAGCUGCGAGUUUAGCAAAUGCAGCUGAGAAAGCUUUCAGAAAUGUUGAGAAAAUCACAGGUUCUGCCGUCAUAUCGUGUGCUGAUGCAUAAUAACAAAUGUUCAGAGAAAGUGCAUGCUCUUUCACACUAAACAAGCUUUAAACCUUCAAGUAAGACAAAACUGUCAACACAAGGUGAAGAAACAUCACAAAAAACAUGCAACAUGGAAAAUACUUAUUUUUCUUUUUCUGACGAGUAAUUCUGGUGCCAACUCACGAGCGUGAUGAUGUUGAGAUAAAGUUUGGGGGCUUUUCGCCUGUAUUUGGAGAGGACAGGACAUUUGAUAGUGUAUGAAAUCAGGGAGAGUGCAGGCUGGACUCAACCCUGGCUUGACAGACUAGCUUGUGAACACGGGACAUGGCGUUAAUACUUGCCCAGGGUAAUGAAGUUUAAUCGUUCACAUCCCUAGUGCACAUUAAGCUGCAUCUAUUGCUGGCCUUACACCAGAGGACUUUGCUGAAACUUUAAAAGACUUUAAAAAGACAAACAUCUGAGACCUUCUCACAUCUAAAGACAAUCUGUCAGCAAGUCUGUGAGUUUUUAGUCACAGAGUAAGAUUUUGCAAAGACUAGGAGUCACUAACUACAAGACUAGAAUGAGUUUCCCUUUGAGAUAAUUUCCCAUCAUUUAUCCGGUGGAAAUUCACAAAAACAACUUUAACAGUAGUGAGGGAAGCAGAGAAGGAGAUGGAGAUCGCUACGAGUCCUAUAAUCGCAUAGUCUCUAUUAAAACUAGAAUGGCCGUCUGAGGCGGCAGACCCACGCCUAAGCAGCGCCACCGAGGAAGUUACGCUCCCAUUGAUUACUAUGGUGUUCAAGAUUUCGAAGUACAAGAAAAACCGAACGG